AAUCUUAUUAAUGAUGGAGAGAGUUAUUAAAUAAUUUUAAGAGGCAGGUCUUACAUUUGCAUGAGUGCAGAAUAAAAAAUUUCUAACAACAAUCAAUUCUAUCUGCCAACAAUUCUUUUAGUAUCUUUAAUGCAUUUAGUUUUUUUUAAUGCUUAUAUCCAGGAGAACUUUUAUCACUUUCAUAGCGAUGUCUGAAUAUUUUAUCCUCCAUUUAAGAAAAAAUGUAAUCAGUAAACUAAUGGAUGGUGUGAUAAAAAUGCAGUCUAAGAUACUAAGUAAUUCAAAUGAAAAUAUUAUGGACAUAGUGAUUUCGAGAGCUGUGUUAUAUUUUAAUGCGUUGCAGAUUAUAUUUUGUAGUAUUUUUGCAAAAGAUAAUAAAAUUUAUUUCCAAAAAUGUGCGUGCUAAACUAAUACAUUGGAAUGAACUACAGGUUUUAUCAUGGAGGAAAAAACUCUCGAUAGCAAUGAUAAGAGCAAGGUUUAUUUACCAAGACAGUAUAGCUUAGUGACGCAUACCCAUUACAGUAUCUAUGACGAGUAUGAAGGAAAACUGAAGUAACAAAAAGAAAAGGUUUACAGUUCAUAUAUAUAUUUCUUAUCUUUAUACUAUGGAUAUUCCAGUCCAGGAUGCUUUUCAUUGGUACAUGUACACUAAAGUCCGUGUCAAUGACUUUUCGUUAGUUAUCUUUACAGUGAUACACGGGGACAACCGUCUGAUCAGUUUUAUCAUUUUUUGCCAGUCCUCGUAUGUAGGGCCGCCACGAGCCAGCACGGCCCAGGGGCACACUGACCUUUCCAGGCCCCUUGCAUUAAUCAUUAACUGUAAUUGGGAAUUAUUUUCCCAGUAUUUAGUAGUACGUACGUAUUAUGCUUACGCCAUACUCACUUUAUUAACUGUAGUUCUGUACUGUAUUGUUUACAAGUUAUAAGUAGACUGGCAAAAUGUGCAUUACUUACAGUAACAUAAUAUUGACAUAAACAACAAAUAUCUACACCCCUGCCCGCGAUGAGCAUCUUACAGCUGUGUACACCCAAGUGGUCAGCAGGCAGGAGCAACAACUCCAGACAUGACUAACCCCGAAAAACAUUCUAGUGAGGGAUCCUGGAUGCCGCCAGUUGUUCCGCAUUACAAGAAGUAGGGCGCCAUGCGAGCUGCGACCCCUGGAGCGGGCGGUUAGACCUAACGCGCAUGCGCGACAUGCUGUACUCCACUAACCGCAAUGCUGGGGUCACGGCCGGUGCAAAGGUUACGUGCGGUGGGUAGUCGUGGGAUCAUCGAGGCGAAAGUGGCAUCAUGGAGAAGACUGGCGAGGAAAUCAUCUUCAGCGGCCCCAAGAUUGACAGCACGCCGUACGAAGAGCCGCUGUGGUCUUUUCUGAAGAGGAACAUGGAGAGCUUCGGGGACAGCACAGCGCUGGUGAACCCUUACAACCAGGAGGAGAUCAGUUUCCGAGACCUCGUAAUCAAGGUCGAGAGACUAGCGCGGGGACUGUUCAAACUGGGUCUGGGUCAAGGCCGCACGCUGACCAUCGUGUCGCCGAACAACGUAGAGAACGCCAUGGCCAUCGUGGCGACCAUCGCCGUCGGCGCCGUGGUUCAUGCUCCAAACCCCGCCUCCUUGCCAGGAGAACUGCGGCGCCAGAUGGUUCUCUGUGACACUUGCCUGGUGCUGACUGUGCCGGAACUGCUUACUGCAGUAAAGGAGGCUGUUGCCGAACUUAAUAUUCCUGUGAUUAUAAUUGGCCCCAGAGACGGAAACCUCAACUUCCUCGAUGUUCUAGACCUGGGAACAGGGGACGUAAGUCUGUCACCACCUCGCGAUCCGGCAACGACAUUAGCCUCCCUUCUUUUCUCAAGCGGAACGACAGGCCUGCCCAAGGGAGUGGAGAUCACACAGCGAAACAUUAUGGCGUUUAUACACUUCUCCAAGUAUCAUGAUGAAGACAUCCUGACACAGAAUGACACAAUACUACUGUUGCUGCCCCUCUUCCACGUGUACGGCCAGGUGGUGUUGCUGAUGACGGCUCUGGCUUAUGGCUGUCGCCAGGUCAUCAUGAACAAGUUCGAAAUGGUGCCAUUUUUGACAUUCAUCGGCAGGUACAAGGUCACCCGCUUGUUUUUGGUGCCGCCUAUUAUAGUUGGAAUGGUCAGCUUUCCUAACUUGAGUCAGUACGACCUGUCCAGCGUGCAAAUAGUGGUAUCAGGUGCUGCUCCGCUCGGGAAAGAAACAGAAGAACAAUUCUGCAAGAAACUACAUCUGAAGGCACUAAUACAAGGUUACGGCUUGACGGAGUGCAUGGUGGCAGUGAUAAGUAAACAAAAUGACACCCGGCCAGGCUCCGUAGGUCGUCUGCUACCCAACACAAAGGCCAAGAUCGUUGACCCGGAGACCGGCAGAUCACUGGGUGUGAACCAGCGAGGGGAGUUGUACCUCCAUGGGCCACAGAUGACGAGGGGCUACCUCAAGAACCCUGAAGCCACUCGUCAGCUCAUUGACGACCAGGGAUGGCUCCACACAGGCGAUGUAGCUAUUAUAGAUUCUGAUGGUUUUAUAUACAUCGUGGACAGACUGAAAGAACUCAUCAAGUAUAAAGGUGAACAGGUGGCGCCAGCAGUGUUGGAGGAUCUUCUGCUCGGCCACCUAGCCAUUGCUGACGCAUGCGUGAUAGGGAUGCCGGACCCUGUCGCCGGGGAGCUUCCACGUGCCUAUGUCGUGCCUAUGUCUGGGGUCAAAGUCACGGAACGAGAGGUGCAAGACUUUGUCGCCAAAAACACACCUUCAUACAUGCAUUUGCGUGGCGGAGUGGAAUUCCGGGACCACAUUCCCAAAAGCCCGAGUGGAAAAAUUCUACGUCGUCUGCUUCGAGAUGAACUAACCGAGCGUCUAAAAUCUCGCCUAUAAAAAUUUCAAUUUUUAUGCCUAAAAACUGUUUAGAGAUUUUUACGGUUUCACUUUUUAAAUAAUACAGGGGUGGAUACUGAGAUUUUAUAGAAACCAAGACUGUGAUCUCUUUACUGUGCAGCCCAAUCCAGUCAAGCAAAAACCUACAUUUUUAACAUUUGGUCACGUGCUAUCUGCACUAAACAUUUUAAACAGUUCCUCUUACCAAUAUUAUAAGGUAAAAGAUUAUGGAUAUAAAGCAAUAUGAAAGACAUGCUAUUUUUCAAAAUAAAAUUUAUGAAAUUGUAUUUUACA